GAUGGUUUACAGGUUGCAUACAAUCAGAGUUCAAUCUUCUUACCUCCAAAAAUGUUUCAUUCCUCUCAAGAUUCCAAAGUUGUUACCUUGGUUUAUUUGACACUGGACGGUGUGUUAUCACUCAAGAAAGAAUCUGGUGGCAAGAUGCUUCCCAAAAGCACCAUCGUUUCUUCCACCGUUGAACCCAGGCCCCUGGACGAAUUAAAGAACCCUGUUAAGAUUAUCCUUCAAAACAGAAAGGUAUAAACACGGUUUUAGUAGCAAAGUUUUAUUUAAAUACGGCCACUCAGUGGUCGAUCGUCGCUUAACUGCUGCAUAUAAUGCAUGUAUUUCCUCAAAAAGUACUUUUGUUAGCGUUGGCCCUGAUCCUCAAUGCCAGAAGUUGAAGAAUAGUUGACGUGGUUUAGGAUUUAGGUGUAUUCUGACUGGCUAUUGAUACACAGUGAUGUGAGCCAUACACACGUUGAAGAUUUAAGCACUCUACUAUAAUUAUGGCUGCCAAAUUCAGUCAUUGCUGCCGUGGACUUUUGCAAUUUCCAAAAUAAACUGCUCGGCACUAUUUCAGUCUUACUUGCAUUUCGACUGUCUUCAAAUGAGUAGAGAGAACAGUUAGUUAAAGUGAAGGGGAAAAAAAGGCUUCAUAACCAUUCCACUUUCUUAGCUAUGUUUGAACUGAGACGAGUGUUUUAGCAAAAGCCGGUCACCAAAUUUAGUGAAGUAUAUUUCCAGCGACAGCGUAGUUAACACACAGUUGAAGUUUAUUUGUGUUUCUUUAUAAGGCGCCUCCUCGUGCCGUCACUUCAAAGGAGAUGCAUUGUGUCUUUUGGCGCCCAAAAGAACCAACCGCGAUGUGGCAAACAAGCGGCUGCCAAUAUGUCCGCAGCGAGUCAGACGCCUCUAUCACAACUUGUGAAUGUGAUCACCUAACUGUCUUUGCUGCUCUUAUGGAUCCAUACGGUUCAGAUGUAGGUGGAUAUUUGUGAUACAAAGAAAAGUCAAUUUGGAUUUUGUCUGCAUGUUUUGGAGGCGGAUAUGUCCUGAUUCUUUUAUUGUUUUUCCCUUUUAAUUAGAUAACGUAGAUUCGUACUGAGUAGACGCUGUUUACUUUCGUUCAUGUCUUUUAAGGAGCUAUGCCAAGCUUUCUUAGCUUUAUUACAAAAAAUGUUGAAAACAAAGACAAUCAUGAAAUAAUGGUUUAGCUUUAUUUCUACAUGUCUUUGGCUUUCGAUGGCCAAGGUGGAGAAGGACUGGUGCCGUAACUCUACAUAAUUGGGCCGACGUUUUAGGUUAAACUUUCGUUUUCGAAACUGACCAAAAACAUUUUAUUGGCAUUCUCUUUGACAAAAUCAUUAUUUGAUAUUCAGUUUUUUUAGAGUUCCAAGUAUGAGCAAAGAUGCCUGACAAAACUGAGUUAUAAUCUCAAUGCAGCUGUAACAAAAAAUGUGGAUGUCGCAUAUGGCAUAGCCCCUUUAAUCCGCCACGUUUCAUUGACUUUUGCCACGUGUCUCGCCCUUAAAAUACUCCCCAUUCUUAGCUUGUGCUGUGUCCUAAUCCAAUGCCGAGGAAUGCUUUGUAUUUCGAUGAGUUAACUCUAUAUCAUAACUUAUAUUUUAAUAUUCACUGCGUUAUUCUUUCUGCUACAUACUCUGUAGCGUGGGACCAGGUUCCGUAUUGUGAGAAAAAGGAGAAAAAAUCGGCGUGGGCGAAAAAAAAAAAAAAAUCGGAGAGCGAAGAGAGCGGAAAGGUAGUCUGGGAAGGGGAAAGGGUGGCCGCCGCCCUGUCUCCCUCCCCAGGAUACUGCUUGGCCGAUAUUUUUUCUGUUUGACCCCGUUUUUUGCCUUUUUGCCCCACUGAGGAGCCUGAUCCCAGGCUACAUACUCUGAAGCCUAUGUUUUGUAAAGGAUCUUAAAACGUUUGACUUUAUCAAAACAUUGCAAUUAACGAAAAUAGGGUAUUCGGGUCCAGUCAGUAUACGGGGGUUCAUUCUAACCAACUCUCAUGUCUUUUUAAAGACCUCAUUACCUAACAAGAAAGCCUUGGAGAUCAUAUCGAUAAUUGGCUGUUCCAUCUCGCUGUUUGCUGUUCUUAUCACCAUGGCUGUUACUUUGGUCUUCUGGAGGCAACUUAAAAGUCCGAGAGUAAAAGUUCUGCUAAACUUAUGCGCCGCUAUUGCCUGUAGCUGCAUACUUGUUAUAUUGGAAGGUUCGGCAAGAAACAAAGAGGUAUGUAAAAUUCUUUCAAGUAGAAAUGCAGCAAGCCCGCACAAACGCCGGGUAGGUUACCGGCAUUCCACUCAAAUAAUCCCAUACAACACAAUGUUCCGAAUUUGAAGGCCAUAUCGUGGUAGACUCCACCCUCUAUAGAAAACUUGCCUUACGAUGAUGUCAUUUUCCUACAACUUCCAAAAUCCUUCAAUAUUUGUGGUUUUCUGGUGUAAAUCAGAGGGUUAUUGAUUUUUAAUCCUCAGUGAGAUUGAAAAAUUUACUAAUAUUAAGAACGCAAAAACUGAAAUAAAUUCUGGUAGUAAAAGGUCGCCUAUACGGUGUAAAAUCAACAUGUAAAUGUAACAAUUAGCAUGGCAAAGGAUACCACUUCCAUCCGAUUAUCAACUUGUUAAAUUCCAUCAAAAAUAGUUAAAUUUAUUAAAAAACAAAUGAGAUAAUCGAGUCAGGGCAACAAGGCUCUGUCGAUCAUUCAAGUACCGGGAAAUAGUCUAGAAUCCACUUGUACAUCUCCAUAAUGCACGCUAUUUGCCCCUCCCCCCCUCCUCCGAAUCUUGAAAUAAGCAUUGUUUUCAAUGGGACGGCUGUAAUACCCAGGAGAAAUGAAAAACAAACUUAAGGCUAUGCAAAAUUUUGGGGAGCAAAUAAGGUGCAUUAUGGGAGAUGUGCAAGUGGCGUAUUAAAUAUAUAAUUUAAAAUCAUUUAUAGUCUUCUGUAUUAUCUUAACUUCUAGCCCGAGUGCACUUUGGUCGCUGCCCUACUGCACUAUUUUUUGCUCGCCCUAUUUUCAUGGAUGCUGUGUGAAGGCAUACUGCAUUACAUUGUUAUCGUAAGGGUUGUUCAUGGAGACCAUGAGGAUAAAGUCAAAUUCUUUUACUUGUUUGGAUGGGGUAGGUGCACCUCUAAGAUUUUCAUGUUGGAAGAAAUGGAUAACGUUGUAAGGCUGUUAUUAUCUCUGUAAAACAGGAAUAGACAGGACUGUUCGCAUUGCUUUGAAAUAGAUAUUUCUGUUAAAUAAAUAAAUAAUAAUAAAAGAUACCUGAAUUACCAGGAAGGAGAUUUUAGGUCAGCCGUGCUAAGGGAGGAAGUAUCACUCCCCUAAAACGCCGUUGUGACUGAAUUAAGAAACUAAAAAAAAAUCCCCCUUCUUUGUCCAUGCUGCUCACUUAUUUUGUCAUUAGUUAGAAUUUGUCGCAACCUUGGGGUGUCACUUUUUUUCAGCAAACAAAAAGAAAAACGCUGCUACGUAGAAAAAUCUUGCGAUUGUUCAGAAUAUAAAGUUCUUCACGUUCAGCUCAAUUUGAUUAAGUGUAAACGUGCUGACGUGCACUUUUUAAACGAUAAGAGGUACUGUCGGCUAUGGAGCGUUUUCACUCACGUGGCCAGUAUCUAGAAUGUAAUUUUAUUGCACAUGAAAAGGGUUCAAUUCCCACAUGAUUGGUUUGGAACUCCAACAUGGCCGCGGUUUCAUUGUUUUGGGACACCAGUAUGGCCACCGUGACGUCACGUGAAAACACUCUAUAUCACAUCAACUUGACGAAGAAUCUGGCUUUAAUUCCAUCACUUCAUGGUUUCUUGUAAGAAAACUUGGUAGGCAACAAGUUGUCGCGUCGUGUAUGCGUCUAGUACGAGUGAUUUUAAGGCGCGCUCGCGUUUCGCUCGCUCUGAGGAAAAAGAGGGACUACACGUAGCCUAUGCGUCUAUAAAUGAAAAAAAAAACAAACAAACAAAAAACAAUAACAAUAAAAUAAAAAUAUCGAAAGCAACCAAAAACAGGUACAGAGAACGAAGAAAACAAACCAAAGGAAAAAAAACACAGCGAAGAGCAGAAUGCUGCCGUUAUAAUGUUAUAUGUGUGUGUCAUAUUGGGGUCUACUUUUGUCUUAACAUUUCUAGGUUUUCCAGCCAUAAUGGUUUUAAUUUCGCUGUCUGUCACGCAGCUGAAAGGAUAUGGUCACAAAGAAGCUUGCUGGUUGAGUGCCGAUAAGGGCUUGAUUUGGGCCUUUGUUGUCCCAGCUCUAUGUGUUAUUCUGGUCAGUAAAAAACACAUUUAACGUGUCUAGUCUUAUCAUGCCUAACCCGGGGGGGGGGUUUAGAAUAAAUACUGACCGAUUUCCUAACGAGCGCCGAAGGCACAAGCUUCGAGGGUGAUCCGGGGGCAGGCUCCCCCAGGUUUCUUUUUUAUUAAUAUUUUAGCUCGUUAAAGUCCCCUCUCCUGGGUUUCCGAGUCAUUCAGACGGGAUAUAUAUAUAUAUAUAUAUAUGUAUAUCUAGCCGGAUUUAUGAAAACCGUACCAUCGGACUCCAGGAGCCUACACACCUUAAACUGACUCAACUAAAGUAAAUAUCGCCAAAAAUCUCAGCUCUUACCCAUGGUUCUCUUAAGGUGACUCUCUUCUUGGUUCCUGAUUAGCAAAAGAAACAUUCAAGUCCAUCAAAAAGACACUCUGGACUUGUCCAUACACUCUAGCUGCUUAAAGGCCCUAAAUGACAGAGGAUGCUUGAGACUUAACCAAGUUCUAAGCAGAGAAUUCACGGUUAAAUACCCCCCCCCCCGACUUCCUCCACCCCCACCCCCAGCCUAGCACGUGCUUGAGGGGAAUGCUUUCAUUGGCCAAUGGGCCUCAAACCUUACAAGAAUUUGACAUGACAAACCAAAGGCAGACAUGACCAGUGCACUGACUCUCCCAGAGCAGGACUAACGGAAGGUACAACGCUUUUGAAGCACCCUCAGGGACUGAGCUUGACAAUGAGGCCAACCAGGACAGCAAGUCCCCUAUGUUUUUUCUCACCGUAGUGACCAGAAACCUGGCUAUCGUCGGCUUUCUGUGUGAAUAUUCUGGUCCAUUUUGAGGUAUGUUUUCAAAAAUUCGGCUAGAUAUAUAUAAUAAAAAAUACUUUAUCUGGGCAAAGUGUGUUUUGAAGUCCCCUUUCCUCAACCUAGUUUAAGUUGGAGGCAGGCAACUAUUGAAACUAAGCCUAAUUUCCCUUCCCUUCCACCUCUCCUUUAACCCGCGGACGUUCCCGCAAAUUUAUGCCCCCACGGUGGUACAGGAGGUGGGGGGGGGGAUGGGAUCCCUCCCCAGAGUUUUUGAUUUAUUGGAGUACUGUGAAAAGAUUUUAUCUUUAGUGGAAAACCUUUGAUCUUCUUUACAAGAUGAGGUAUAUUUUAGGGGUGGUGGCGCUGCUGGAGGCCUAGAGGCCACCAUCUUCGAUUUUACCAAGAAUUAGAAAUCAGGUUAAAACCGCGAGAAAUGGUAAUUUUUGUUCUUUACAUGAAACUUAACACAUAAAUGAGCACUAUGCAUGAUUUUACCCACAAGAUUUACUUUUAUUGUUGAAAGGAGUUGAAAAACAUGUUUUAUACUGUAGCAAAAAUCUCAGAAAAACCUUAUGAGGGGGUGGCAUCCACUCCCCCCCCACCUCCCUCCUGUGCGUCCGAGGGUUAAAAUGUUUCAGGAAAGUCUAGAUCAUAAAGCUAGUCUAUGAUAGGCUCUUGACGAUAAUAACUAUUUUGGGCAUGGCAGACCCAACUGAGCCGGGUCAUUCUAAAGGCUUACAAUCCAACAAUAGGCCACGAUCUUGGAUUCUACUAAAACUUCAGUGAGAUAUAUCGGAAUAGACAUUGUAAAACUGGAGAAAUCAUGGACUUUAUUUCUGAGGUUUAAAACUUGUUAUCGACUAGUCGAAAUGUCAAUGCGAAUAAUUUGUUUUCGUUAAACGUGUAUUCCCAUAAAUUUGAAUUCCAUUAAUAAUGGUAAGGUUCUGUAAUUGAAAACUACAUUGAGGCUGAGUUUUCGGUCGUUUGUUACUACAUCGGGAUGGCAAUAGCCUGAGAAAGCAGACGAAAUUUGCGGCACCACUACUGGUUGCUGGGCCAAAUGACGUAGAAACGAGCGCAGAAAUUCCAUACUGAUGGCUCGUCACUACCCAGAUCUGAUUAGUGCUUCUGAUUGGUCGUGAAGGUUGAACAAUUUACUUCGGCCAAUCAUAUGUACUUAACAGAUCUAGGCAGUGACGCGUCAUCAGCAUGGAAUUUCUGCGCUUGUUUCUGAGGGCCAUUUCGCGGGGAAACCAGUGGUAGCGUCGCGAAAUGUCGGCUGUUUUCUCCGGCUAGGAUGGCAAUUAAGGAAACUUGAAAAAGUAAAACCAAAAAUCACCAAAAACUACUUUGGUUAUGGUUCCCUGAUCGGAUUAAAUUUGUUUGAUAACCUUCUUCGUAACUCUUCAUCUUGUGUAUGAUGGAAAUGGUAUAAGUAAUGCCAAGCAAAUAAUUGACCUGAAACAAUAUCAUCUUGACAUAUACCACCUUGAAGCUAAAAGAGUAACGUGAUUGGAGGUUAUCUGCUAAAAUUUAUGCAACUUUUAUAGGUUAAUAUCGUGGUUUUUAUUUUGGUCAUGCGCCAAAUGAUGGGAACAAAAUACAUGCAGAACAAGACACAGGUGGAAAAAGUGAGAACUGGAGUCAAGGCCUCUGGGGUCAUUCUUCCAUUGCUUGGAAUCACUUGGCUUUUUGGGUUGUUGAGUUUCAAUUCGGAUACCGUUAUCUUCAAGUAUAUAUUCACCAUAUUCAACUCUCUUCAAGGCUUGAUGAUCUUCAUAUUUCAUUGCGUUCUUAACAAACAGGUAAUACAAGUUUUUUUU